AUGUCAAAUUCAUCAAAAGAUCAACCAUCAAUUCGUGUUCAUGCACCACCAGGUGGUCAUAGUAAUAAUAUCUUUGGUACUGAUCCCGAAGAAACACAUAAUAGAGCUGCAACUCUUGCUGGUCAAUAUAAACAAACACAAAUGAAAUCAAAUAUUUUUGGUACAGAUGAACCAGCACCAAUACGUUCUGUUUCAAAUAAAAAUAAAUCAAAUAUUUUUGGCACGGAUGAACCAGUACCGACACGUUCUGUUUCAAAUAAAAAUAAAUCAAAUAUUUUUGGUAGUACUGAUGAUGAUGAUCAAAAUAAACGUCAAUCAGGUGGUCGACAAGGUUUACGAGAUCCAAAUGCAUCACGCAUGGGAUACAAUCCAAUAAAUGGUGAAUCUUAUACAAUGAAAAGUAAUAUAAAUUCCAAAAAUAUAGAAAAUGACAAACAAAUUGAUGUAUCAAAUAAAAAAACAAUUGAAGAAGAAAAUAAUAAUGUUCAAGUAACAUCAACGAAUUCAAUUGAGAAUAGUAAUAUUCAAAAAACAGUUGAAAAAUCUGAUGAUGGAAAUAAUGGUCAAAAGAAUGUACAUACGAGCGUUCGUGUAUGUCAUCCACCCGGUGGUAAAUCCAGCGGUCCACUUUGGUAA